UAGGAAAGUGGCCAUGGAGGACCUGGGGGAAAACACCACCGUCCUGUCCACGCUGAGGUCUUUGAACAGCUUCAUUUCUCAGCGAGUGGAGGGAGGCUCUGGAUUGGAUGUUCCCGCCUCUGCCCCAGGUUCUCUGCAGAUGCAGUACCAGCAGAGCAUGCAGCUGGAGGAGCGGGCAGAGCAGAUCCGCGCCAAGUCCCACCUCAUCCAGGUGGAGCGUGAGAAGAUGCAGUUGGAGCUGAGCCACAAGAGGGCGCGCGUGGAGCUGGAGCAGGCUGCCAGCACCAGUGCCAGGCGCUACGAGCGCGAGGUGGACCGCAACCAAGAACUCCAGACGCGCAUUCGGCAGCUGCAGGAGCGGGAGGCCGAGGUGGAGGAGGAGGUGAAGGAGCAGCAGGAGCGCAACAGGUCGUGUCGGCAGAGCCUGGAUGCAGCUGGCCGGAAGCUACGGGAGAAGGAGGCCUGCCUGGCCACAGCCGGCGAGACCAUCGGUGCAUUAAAGGGGAGGAUCUCAGAGCUGCAGUGGAGUGCCAUGAACCAGGAGAUGCAGGUGAAGAGCCUGGAGUCUGAGAAGCAGGAGCUCAAGGAGCAGCUGGACUUGGAGCGCAGAAAAUGGCAGGAAGCUAAUCAGAAGGUUCAGGAACUGCAGGCCAGCCAAGAUGUGAGGGCUGACCAGGAACAGAGGAUUCGGGAUCUGGAGCAGAAGCUGUCCCUGCAGGAGCAGGGUGCUGCAGUCGUGAGAAACAUGAAGUCUGAGCUGGCACGGCUGCCCAAGGUGGAGAGGGAACUGAAGCAGCUGAGGGAGGAGAACACCUACCUGCGAGAGAUGCGAGAGACGAAUGGGCUGCUGAGGGAAGAGCUGGAGGGGCUGCAGCGGAGGCUGGGGCGCCAGGAGAAGAUGCAGGAGAAGCUUGUGGAGUUGGAGCUGGAGCAGGAGAGGCUGCUGGCGAAGCUGCAGAGCUGGGAGAGACUGGACCAGACCACGGGCUUCAGCAUCAGGACCCCGGAAGACCUUUCCAGGUUCAUUGUUGAGCUGCAGCAGCGAGAACUCUCCCUGAAGGACAGAAACAGCUCCAUCACCAGCAGUGCCCGGGGGCUGGAGAAGGCCAGGCAGCAGCUCCAGGAGGAGGUCCGGCAGGUCAGCGGCCAGCUGCUGGAGGAGAGGAGGCGGCGGGAGGCACACGAGGCCCUGGCCCGGAGGCUUCAGAAGCGGGUCCUGCUGCUGACGAAGGAGCGGGACGGCAUGCGGGCCAUCCUUGGGUCCUACGACAGCGAGCUGAGCCCUGCUGAGUACUCACCCCAGCUAACCCGCCGCGUGCGUGAGGCCGAGGACAUGGUACAGAAGGUGCAUGCCCACAGCUCAGAGAUGGAGGCUCAGCUGUCGCAGGCCCUGGAGGAGCUGGGAGGCCAGAAACAGAGAGCAGAUGUGCUGGAGAUGGAGCUGGCCAUGCUGAAGUCCCAGUCAGGCUCUGCUGAGCAGAGCUUCCCCUUCUCCAGGGAGGAGGUGAGCGCACUCAGGUUGAAGAUCGAGGAGCUGGAACAGGAGCGGAGCCGUCUGGAGGAAGACAAGAAGGCACUAGAGAUGCAGUUGGAGCGGCUCACUCUGCAGGGUGACUACGACCAGAGCAGAACCAAGGUGCUGCACCUGAGCAUGAACCCAGCCAGCACAGCAAGGCAGCGCCUCCGCGAGGACCGCGCACAGCUGCAGGAGGAGUGCAGGCGGCUGCGCGGGCUCGUGCAUGCCCUGGAGAGCGGCCACCCCACCCUGGCCGACCUGGAGGUCGCCGUGGGGCUGCCGUCGUCCGAGGAGGUGGCAGAGCUGAAGAAGCAGGUGGAAAGUGCUGAGCUAAAAAACCAGAGGCUCAAGGAGGUGUUCCAGACCAAGAUCCAGGAGUUCCGCAAAGUGUGCUACGCGCUCACGGGCUACCAGAUAGAUGUCACCACGGAGAGCCAGUACCGGCUGACAUCCAUGUACGCCGAGCACAAGGCUGACUGCCUCAUUUUCAAGGCCACAGGACCCGCGGGCGCCAAGAUGCAGCUGCUGGAGACGGAGUUCUCAGGUGCCGUACGGGAGCUCAUUGAGCUGCACCUGCUGCGCCAGGACAGCAUCCCGGCCUUCCUCAGUGCCCUCACGCUCGACCUCUUCAGCCGCCAGACCGUGGCCUAGCCUGCUGCCACGCGCAGGGCUCGGCUGUCCCCUCAGCCUCUGGAGGUGGCGGGGGCAGCCAGCUGGCCAGGACCUGCCCCACAGGGCCAGCUGCCCAUCCCACCCGUUCGCCCCAACACAGAUGGCCUCCUCAGCCAGGCAGGCAGCAGCAUGGUGCGAUGGGGUCGCUGAGCCCUGUCCCAGUCACCCUGCCCAGGCAGCCUGCACCCCAUGCUCAGGACCCUGAGGGCCCACCUCUAGCCAGCAGGCGCUAUGAUGCUCAGGGCUGCCCACUCGGUGGGAAGGGCCACCACCUUCUCUUUUCUUCCUUCCUGGAAAAUUCUGCUCUUGGAGGUGGCCUGGAAGGGCAGUGUUUGGGGGUGGGCCCGCUUCCUGUCACCUCCCCCAACUGUCCCCCCACCCACAUGCCAGGAGCCUGGUGGGUGGACCUGGGGCGGCCAGGCAAAGUCCCUGGGUCCUUAUGAAAUAAAGCUUUCUCUCUGCCACCCCG